CGGAUUCACUCUACGCGAACGCUGGAGUGUCGUCUGGACCUUCUGCUGUUUAUCCGUCGGCGUUGAAAAUAUCUUCAUUUCAAUUAAAAACCAGUAGAGCACAAUGGCUGGUGCAGUGGCCCGUAAUUUCAUGGUGAUAGGCCAGUGCAUAGCCCACGAGACGAAGAACGCGGCGAAAGUCCGUGUGAAGAAGUUGCAGUUUGAUGAGAGAUUACACAUGUAUUUUCCAAAACACACCAACUUCUAUGCCCACGACCCAGAAAAGCAGUGCAAGGUUGGAGAUAUUGUCCUUAUCCAAGCAUUGCCUGAAAAAAUGACCAGAUUUAUUACACACUCCCUCGUCAAAGUUGUCUACCCAUAUGGAGAUGUAACAGAUCCCAUUACUGGCAAGAAAUGUGUGGUUAGCAGUUACAGGGAGAACAUCGACAAACGUAAUGAAAUGUUCGGCAUGGCUGAAGAAGGAGCAAGUGGCUUUGAUUACGCAGAAGCACCAGAGAGAGGAUGGCAAGAGGGCAAGAAAGAUUUUACACACAAGGUUGGCUACAAGAAAUGGCACGAAUUUGAACCUGGCCAUCCACUCUAUAAUGAUCCUGUUGCUAGCUAGAUUGUCUGUGAUGGAAGUGGUUAACUUGGAAAUUGUAUACUUUGUAUUCAGAAAUUACAAAUGAAAUAUAUAGUGUAUCUUCUUCAAAAGCUGUAAAUACAGUGUGAUCUAGAUGGUAUACUUUUCUUGGUUAUCAUAAUUUUUUUUUUAUUUAGUGGGAAGUAUGUUUGGGAUGGAAUCAGUUCAAGCUAUUACAAUGUGUAGAUUAACUACAAAUAUCAGUUUAUCAAAAUGUAAAUAGAUUUUAUCUAGAUCUUAUACUGAAAUAAAACGUUACUGUAUUUAAGCUUUCACUUUGAGUAGAUCACAUAACAUUUCAUGAUGUUUUCAGAAUUGUAAAUAUUUUGUGCACAUUUAUAUGUUGAUGUAAGUGUUAGAAAUUCACAUUAAUUAAAUAAAUUGUAAAUGAACAA